AUGCAACUUGAGAAAGUGUAUCUUAUGAAUGUUGUUCUCUACCUCCCAUUAAAGGAUGUCUUCAAUUUUGUGUGUAUUUCCAAAAACACACAAUCGGCCUGUUCUCGUCUUAAAACAAAUCCAAUUGACAAAUCAAUUGGCUCCCAACAAUUUUGCAAAAUCGUUUCGACUUUCUUCAAGAAUAUUGAGACCUUAACGUGCGAUUGUGAAGAAUUAAAACUUAUUGGAAACAGCUUAGAUAAACUAGAAAACAUCUAUUUAACUGAAAGAACUCAGGAUCUCAAAUACUAUAAUGUCCAGUCUACUUUUUAUCCAAAGAUAAGAAACUUUAUUAUGUUGAGUCAGUAUAAUUCCUAUGAACUACUUUCUUCUCUCGAGAACAUCAAAGAAAUAAACAUAGCUAUCUUUUUCCUUGAUAGAGUCGACUUUAUGCAAAUCCUUAAAACUCGAAAUAUAGAGAAAAUCACCAUAAAAGUUACUGAUCAGUUUGAUUCUAAGAUUUGUAAACCAGAUUAUUACCAAUGUAUCAAUGAUUUGUCUCACUCAUUCCCACAAAGCAAAAUAUACAUCAAAGUCGUUAUUAAAGAAUUUGUUUUCAAUAACAAAAAGCUUUUCUCUAAUCUUCCAAGUAAUGUGUACCCAUACAUGACCAUUUUAAGUCAUGAUGUUCCUCUUGAAAAAUCAUUGGACUGGAUUGAGAAGUUUGAAGACAAAUUUAACACCAACAAUUAUAGUUUCUUUGAAAAACAUUAUUUAAAUGAUGUUACUGUGUACCGAUCAGACUUUGAAAACGUGGUCCAUUCAGCAAGUGAUUAUAACCCAAUAACAUUAAAUUUAACAACACUUCAAUCAGUAGAAAAUAUUAAAUUUGAUAAGAGUGUUGAAUUUUACAACAAAAUUGUUCUGCCAGGAAGCACUAAAAAACUGGACUGUGAAGGGGACUUGAAAGUGAUAAAUUGGGACGAUUUACAAAACUUGGAAAGAAUUGAUUCAUACUACUCAACAAAUACCCCACAAAAAUUUUGGGAUAUAGAACACUACAAAUACAAUAACAAUUAUACCAAAUCUAUCAACAAACUGCUUGUUGGAUUUACACCGUUUUUUGCUGUCUACCCAUUCGUGUUUUUAUUGAUGGCAAUUGCUUCUUUUGUUGUAAAUCAAAGUGUCGAAAAAACAGUUCAAAACCUCGAAAUUCCGUUUUUGGUAUAUUUGUUGUGUAUAUGGGCGUUUUAUUUUAUUGACUCUGAGCUGACGGGUAUGUCCAUUAUUAAAAAUAAAUUUGUUAUCAUUUAUUAUGGUAUUGCGCUUGUUAUAGUAGCAAUAGUACAAAGUGUGUUUGCCAAUAUGUACUACAAGACCAUCGAUUUGGUGUUUGCUUUUAUAUUCGUGUUUAGUGGAAUUGUGUUUUACUUAAAAUAUGUAUUUGGUAAUCACUUGUUAGUCACAAGAAAGGAAGCGUAUCUUCAAAUACUAAGCCGAAAAACAAGGAAAUAUAUGCCAAAACACAUCACCGACAAUAUUCUAUAUUGGAGCGACGGUUUCUCACAAGAUGGUGAAAUCCAGUUUUUUAUACUGGCUUUUUGUAUCGACGCAUUUUUGUUCUUGGGUGGAGUGUCUUUUUAUUCUUGGAUCAUCUCUUUGAUUCUUUUGCCAUUCUGUACGGUCGCGACAUUGUUUUUGGUGUAUCUGGUAUUUCAUGGACAUGAUAAAUUUAUUGGCGGAUAA